GCGGCGCGGCGCGCUCCGAGCCUCCCCCGGAAGCGCCGCCCCGCUCCCGGCGUUCCGCUGCGCUCCGGGCGCCGCUCCCGGCCCGCCCCGGCCCGGCCGCCCGUCCCGUCGCCGGCAGCAUGCUGGAGCCGCCGCCCGCGGAGCCGCCGCCCGCGGGCAGGGACGUGCGGGACCGCCUCAGUCUCUGGGACCGCCGCCCGCAGCCCACCGCGCCGCUCAGCGACCGGCAGACCGACUCGGUGCUGGAGCUGAAGGCGGCGGCCGAGAACCUGCCGGUGCCUGCCGAGCUGCCCAUCGAGGACUUGUGCAGCCUGACAUCCCAGUCGCUGCCUAUUCUGCUGACAGCUGCGGUGCCAGAAUCCACAGAGGAUGUCCUUUUGAAGGGGUUUGCAACACUAGGGAUGGAGGAUGAAAGAAUUGAAACAGCACAGCAGUUCUUCUCCUGGUUUGCUCAGGUGCAAACACAGAUGGAUCAAGAUGAAGGUGCCAAGUAUAGACAGAUGAAGGAUUACUUGUCUGGCUUUCAGGAGCAGUGUGAUGCUAUCUUGAAUGAUGUGAAUAGUGCCCUUCAGCACCUGGAGUCACUGCAAAAACAGUAUCUUUUUGUGUCCACAAAGACAGGAACUCUGCAUGAGGCCUGUGAACAGCUUUUGAAAGAGCAGUCCGAACUUGUUGACCUGGCUGAAAACAUCCAGCAGAAACUUUCUUACUUUAACGAGCUGGAAAAUAUCAACACUAAAUUGAAUUCCCCUACGCUGUCCGUGAACAGUGAAGGAUUCAUUCCCAUGCUGGCUAAGCUUGAUGAUUGUAUUGCAUAUAUUUCAUCACAUCCAAAUUUUAAAGACUAUCCUGUAUAUUUGACGAAGUUUAAACAAUGCCUUUCUAAAGCUAUGCACCUUAUCAAGACAUACACUGUGAAUACACUACAGAACCUCACAACCCAGUUAAUGAAAAGGGAUCCUUCAGCUGUGCCAAAUUCUGACAAUGCCUUCACGCUGUUUUAUGUGAAAUUCAGAGCAGCUGCUCCCAAAGUCAGAACUCUUAUUGAACAAGUAGAGCAAAGAUCUGAAAAAAUGCCAGAGUAUCAGCAAGUUCUCAAUGAAAUCCAUCAAUGUUACCUCGACCAGCGGGAGCUUUUGCUUGGUCCAAGUAUCGCUAGCACAGUUACAGAAUUAACCAGCCAGAAUAACAGAGAUCAUUGUGCUCUGGUACGAAGUGGUUGUGCCUUUAUGGUCCAUGUAUGCCAGGAUGAACACCAGCUUUACAAUGAGUUCUUCACAAAACCAACACCAAAACUGGAUGAACUCUUGGAGAAGUUGUGUCUUUCAUUGUAUGAUGUCCUGAGGCCAAUGAUCAUCCAUGUCAUUCACUUAGAGACACUUUCUGAGCUCUGUGGGAUUCUCAAAAAUGAGAUGCUAGAGGAUCAUGUACAGAACAAUGCUGAGCAACUGGGUGCAUUUGCAGCUGGUGUCAAGCAGAUGUUGGAAGAUGUGCAGGAGCGCCUUGUCUAUAGGACGCACAUUUACAUUCAGACUGACAUCACCGGCUACAAGCCCGCACCGGGCGAUCUUGCCUAUCCUGACAAGCUGGAAAUGAUGGAGCAAAUUGCACAGAGUUUGAAAGAGGAACAGAAGAAGCUGCCAUCUGAAGCUUCAUUUUCAGAUGUCCGGCUAGAAGAUCCCGAGUCCUGCAGCUUAGUUAAAUCUGGUUCAGCUGAAUCCCUUAAUCCCAGACAUCAGAGCACAAUUUCACCUGCAGAUCUGCAUGGAAUGUGGUAUCCUACUGUCAGAAGGACUCUAGUGUGUCUCUCUAAACUGUACAGAUGUAUAGAUAGGGCAGUGUUUCAGGGAUUAUCACAAGAGGCCUUAUCUGCGUGCAUCCAGUCGCUGCUGGGAGCUGCUGAUUCCAUCAGCAAAAACAAGACCCAGGUCGAUGGACAGCUUUUCUUAAUAAAACACCUUCUGAUUCUUCGUGAACAAAUUGCUCCUUUCCACACUGAUUUCACCAUUAAGGAAAUUUCCCUGGACCUUAAGAAAACUAGAGAUGCAGCAUUUAAAAUCCUGAAUCCUAAGGCAGUUUCAAGAUUUUUUAGAUUGAACAGCAACAACGCCUUGAUACAGUUCUUACUGGAGGGUACUCCAGAAAUCAGAGAACAUUAUAUCGACUCCAAGAAGGACGUAGAUCGUCAUCUGAAAUCAGCUUGUGAGCAGUUUAUUCAGCAGCAAACCAAACAGUUCAUAGACCAGCUGGAGGAGUUCAUGACAAAGGUAGCUGCUUUAAAAACAAUGGCCACUCAAGGAGGUCCCAGUUACAGCCUUUCACAGCAGCCUUGGGCACAACCAGCAAAGAUCAACGAUCUGGUCUCUUCCACUUACAAGACAAUAAAAACAAAGCUGCCAUCAACUUUACGAAGCAUGUCCUUAUACUUGUCCAAUAAAGAUACAGAAUUAAUUCUGUUUAAGCCAGUCAGGAAUAACAUUCAGCAAAUGUUCCAGAAACUCCAUGCUCUGUUAAAGGAAGAAUUCAGUAAUGAAGACCUCCAGAUCAUAGCUUGUCCUUCAAUGGAACAGGUGAACUUACUGCUGUCGAUGUCCAAGUAGCCGAACAGUGAGGCUGCUUGGAAUAAGCUUCAGCCAAAUGCCAGGGAGUGAAGGGAAUGCAGAGACAUUUGCUUGAAGUAAACAAAGGAUCCCUGUGCAGUCCAGUCUGCUUCAAAACUAUCCAGGCUGCUUAACCCUGUUUUAGGGAAAAAACCCAAAAUGAACAGGUUUAUUGAUUUGGUAAAGGUCUUCCUGUUCAUUGGCUUGAGCAGUGGGCAGAAGAAAAUGAAACAAAAACCCCUUUGCUGAUCACUCUUAUGGAAGCUCAGUUACUGCCUUUUCUAGAUAUUUUCAGAAUUGAAAACCUUUUUUUGUUUGUUUUUUUAAUGUAAAAACCAUUCUUGCUUUCCCUUAAUGAGUUGAUAUAUGCAAUGGAAAGUCACACUUUCAAACAAAUGCUGGAAAUACAGUGCAGGGAAUCAAAUGAGAACAGCAAUAGAUAUUUGUGAGACUUGGGAGAUGACCAUAUUGGUAUGACAAUUUGACUUAAGCAGGUGUGCUCUGAGUUUUUCUUUAACUUCUCUGAAAAUCCUGGUAAUCCACCACAUGCUUGAAAGUAAUUCAGAGGUUGUUGCUUGGGAAAACUUAAUUUUCCACAAGUGAAGUGUUUCUUGAGACACUGUAUGGUCUGUCUUUCUUACACUCUUGUGACUGGGAGCUGUGAGGCCUGAUCUGAAGUGUCAUACUCUAGUCUUUCUCCAUGUGAAGGGUCUCAGAUCCUCGGGGUUUGCAGUGAAAGCUGUGCAACAUAAUUUCUGUUGUUUCUGAGCAAACUACAUGUUUUCAGAUGCUUUACAGCACUGCUUAGCUUUGAGGGUUUCAGCUAUCUAAUUUUAGGGCAGAGUUGGUUUUUUUUGCCUUUCUCAAGAUCAGAUGGUGGUGUCACAUUGUUUAAAGUGGGAAUGGUGUCUGGAGCUUGCACAGCCUUUGUGCUCUGGAGAAAAUGCUAAUCAGGGGAUGUGGGGAUGCCUGAAACUGAUGUGCAAGUCUGUCAAAUCUGCAUUGUAAAGAGAGGAUAAGUACUCAGUAACUGGUAAACAGUGCACACUGUGGAGUGAGCAUUAAUUGGACAUUACUGUGGAAAGCUGGAUGCUAAAUGCCUGGCUCUUAAUGGAAUGAACACUUCAGGGUCUGUCAGUGUGUAAAUCUUCAUUGUGCAGCACUGUAAAAUGAAAAUGUAGUGGGUUAUGUGACAGUUUUAAUCUUAUUUAUAAAGCCUAUUCUGUACUUUUGAAUAUGAAGAAAUUUCCUUGCACAUCAGUGAUAUUUUGAUUUAAUAAUUUUCCUGAUAUAAAUAACAAGACUAGAGUAUAAGAUGGUAGGAUUGAAAGCUACCACAAGAAGUGUUACAGCAGUGGUGCUGAAAUACAUAAAUGGUACUAAUAGGACCUUACAUGACUCCUUAAAAAUUAAGUAAAGGAACUAACAAGGAGAAAAACUUGCCCUCUCCCUUUACUUAUGUAGAAAUACAGUCUGUAAAAUAAUGUCCAGUGCAUUGUAAUAUAUGUAUAUUUGUUUUUUACAAGGUUUUUCAGAAGGACUGCAUGGUCACUGUACAGAGUUAUGACUAACUUAAUGCGGACAUUGUACAGCAGAGUUGUGAAGGGUAAACCAUGGCAGUAGUCGCUCUUGUGCUUGGGAUCUUUUUCUCUCUUAGAGUACCCAGACAGCUCUAGGACAGCUGGUGGAAGGAUUAGAAGAGCAAUCAGUUUAUACAGCCUGUUUGCUAAAUGAACAUUUGUUUAAACAUGUACAGUUUCAGAUAUUUACGUUUACAAAUAGUGUAAAUAGUUUCAAAAGAUUAAUUUAAGAUGCUUUAUAUUAUCUGACUAGAAACUUGCUGUUUUUAAUUUUUUUAAAUAAAAAUGUUGCCUCCUAUUUUGGUCCAAGAGUAAAGCUUUAUUCUGUAUCCUGAGGCUUGUCUGUCAAGAUAACUGCAAUACAGAGACAAUAAACAUCCUAAUAAGCACAGGUUGUGCAUUGCUGAAAAGUGUUCUGUUUAUAGCAGUAAGAGAAUUGAGUUUAUUCGACACAGAUAUACCUGAGUGCUGAAUGUACAGCUAAUUGUUAAAUAUAUGCCUCUUUAUGGUUAUAAUAAAAGUAAAUUUGUAUUUUCUUUA